CGAAAUAUAUUAACUCCCCAGCUGCCGUAAACAUGGAAUCGGAGCCAACAUUCCGUCCGUUGCUACAACUACAAACAUAGACAGCGAUACACACACACCACGUGAAGACUAUCUCGGAUGCUCCUGCGGCAGAUUGGCCUGUUCGGAAGCUUUGUACUCCAAGGCGGAGCAGCGAAACGGGCUUGUGCAGGACUUUCGAGCUGCGGCAGCAGUGGUGGUGCUUUCCAUCUUCGAUCUCCAGCGGGGUCCUUAUUGCGCCGCACUUUCUCCCACCAACUAGCGAUGUCAAGCACUUCGGGUGUCCAACAACAAACAACCAAGGUUGUUGGAGGAAUCAAGGAGCUGUGUGAUUCGUACGAUGGGUUCAUCCUUGACCAGUUCGGCGUUCUCCACGAUGGCAGAGAUGCCUUGCCCGGCGCAGUGGAGUGCUUGGAAGAGCUGCGGAGCCAGGGCAAGCGGUUGGUGAUCCUCAGCAACACCUCGAAGAGGGAGGACUUCACGAUGGCGAGGCUGCCCAAGUUCGGGUUCCGGCGAGAGUUGUUCGAUGGAGGAGUGACGUCAGGGGAGGAGGGCUACCAGCAUCUGGUGCAGAACGGGCUCGUCGGGGGAAAGGCUGUGCUGCUGGGAUGGAACGGCGAAGAUUCGGACGGCUUGUUGGAGGCGCUGUCCCUGGACUACUCGUCACCGAAAGAAGCGACGUUCCUGCUCUGCCACGGGCCGGACAACAUCGUGGACGACACGGGCGCAACGCGCACCGACACGCGCAACACGGGCAAGGUCGAGCCUUACGAAGCCGUCUUUCAGGCGGCGGUCGAGCGAGACUUGCCCAUGUACAACGUUAACCCCGACAUCACGGUCAACAAUCCGCAAGGAGGGUUGUGGCACAUGCCUGGGCUGCUCGCCAAGAGGUACGAGGCGAUGGGAGGGAGAGUUACCUACUUCGGCAAGCCGCACAAGGAGCACUACGAGACUGCGGUGGAGAAGAUGGGUCUGGGAAAGGACAGGGUGGUUCAUGUGGGUGACAGCCUUGCUCAUGAUAUUGUCGGAGCUUCGUCCGCCGGGUUGGAUAGCGUCUUCAUCGCGGGCGGCAUCUGCGGGGAGGAGCUGGGUAUCGACGCUAAGGCCGACAAGUCGACGUUUAACCUCUCCCCGGCCGCGCUCGAGAGGGCUUUCUCACGGGAAAACGUAACGCCGACGUGGACAAUGCCGCUGUUUGCUUUGUGAUGUUUCGCGCGGAAUAAUUUUUUGGGUUGCCCUUUCUGGCAUUUGCUGUAGAUUUGCUUUUUGUUUUUGUUGGUGGUUCUUGUGAAUGUCACAAUGAUAAGAUAAGACCAGCAACACCAAGUUUGCGUGUAUUCUAGUGUUGGGGGCUGCCGGUGAGUGUGCUUGUGUAUGGUACGGUUGCACAGAGCGGGCAGUAGGAAAGCCACACAAAAGCUUGUUGAAGCACAAACCAACGCUAUGAAUUACCACCACAUCUUUGGUCCUACUACCACGAACGAAAGGACAGCAUUCAGUGCAAAGUUUUCGUCACGCUGGAUGAUAACGAACACCAAAUGUCGUGCUUGUGGCCACACAAUUGUGGCGAAAACACAGCAGGAUGUUGAUGCCUCCGAUCGUAUUUGUGUGUUUUCGACGGUAUGUAUCUCGCAUUAGAAUCGACGAAUACUGACCGAAAAAAGGACAACUGCUGUCUGGCGAUCACGCGCUAGAGUACCGUUGCAUCACCCCCUCACAGAGCUGAACUUGUGCAAAAGUGCCCCUCUCUACUGUAUGUACCGAAAGUGGAGAAGUGGAAUCGGGACGAGCACACUCUCUAGGAUGAAAGCGACGCGCUACAAAGCUCGUUUGUUAGUAAACCAUAAUCGACUUCGUAAGUCGCGAGGGAAGGGAUUGCUGUACCCUUCU